AGCGGAAAUAGAAAAACGUUAAAUGCAACAAGUCGAAAACAAAACAAAAAAAAAGUAACGUGUAAAAAUUGUUUUUGUGGAAUCGUUUGAAAAAAUGUUAUUGAAAUGAAAUAAAAAUAAAUAUUGUUGAACAAUUUGCAGAUAGUUUGAGUUUCGUUGUGCAAAGUAAAAAUGGCAAAGUUUGUUUGAUUGUUUUUGCAACAAAUAUACACAUACAUACAUUUGUUUCUUCGUUUUGUGGCAAAUUGAAGUGCAUUAAGUCAAAUGAUCAAGAAACAAUUUAAUAGUGCGUGUUUGUUAUAUCGAGUUUUUGUCUUUUUAUUUUUGGAAUUACAUUUCCAAUCAAUCGAAUGAGCUAUCCUGUCCUGUUCGCACAUAUUUAAAGGCAAAAUAUACAUUUUGGAUGAAUUAUUCGCAACGGAAUAAUAAUUUAAAAAGUGAUUGACGUUUAAUUACAAAGUAAGGCAUCAAAUGCAUCUACAAAAUAUCAACUACAAGUCGCAACAUUAAAAGAAACGAAUUUAAUGAAAAUAUGUAAUAUUAAAAAACACUAAGAAAUGAACUAUGAAGCGGAAAAAGUUUGUACUUAGUAUUUGUGUCGUGUGAAUGAGGAUGGGAUUUUUCAACUAAACCAACAACUUAGCUUUCAUCUACUCCAUAUUGUGCAUUAACAAGUGCAUACGUCUUGUGUGCGCAUUCUUCUAUUCCCAAUGUUUUAAUAUUUAAACAUUUAACUAUUUCUUCAAAUUAAAUAAUACAAGUUGCCAGCGAACUUAUUUAAAUAAAACUUCGCUGUGCAUAAAUUUAAUUAUAACACGAAGAAACCGAAUAGUAGCAACGACAAUAAGAGUACUCCUGCGGCAACUAGUAAAGUAAAAAUUAAAACAUAUUCAUCCCUCUAUCUAUCCAAAUAGUAUAGCACUAUUAAUCAAGUGUUGUCGCACGUAAUGAAGACAUUUUUACGCUUCCUAGCGUUUUUAUCAGUUUACAAAUUCGUUGCUAUUGUUGCGAUUUUCAUUUUCAACUUGACUUAUUUUAAAAUCUCGGUUAGAGCCGAAAUAUUCACAUUGGGCUAUUUGACUGGCUCACAAAGAACUCCGGGAAAUUUGGACUAUCAAAGGCCAGGAAUAACAAUCUCAGGGGCAAUCACUUUAGCUGUGAAAGAGGUUAAUGAGGAAAAGUUAAAGACAUUGGGCCACUCAUUGGAUUUUAUUGUAGCUGAAACGUAUGGCGACGAAGUCAACAGCAUAAGACAGACGGCAUCAUUAUGGACCAAACAAAUUGUGGCAUACAUAGGUCCGCAGGAAACGUGCAUACACGAAGGGCGCAUGGCUGCAGCCUUCAAUUUACCUAUGAUAUCGUAUUAUUGCACACAUCGUGACACAUCUAACAAACAGGAUUUUCCCACAUUUGCCCGAACUCGACCUCCGGAUACUCAGAUAUCAAAAUCUGUUGUUUCAUUAUUGUUGGCAUUUAAUUGGACCCAGGUUACUUUUUUAUAUCUUGACCAUCCAGAUAGCUUGUAUCAGCCUGUAGCCGAUACAAUAUUAAACAUCUUCAAAAAUGCUGGCAUUGAGGUUCGCGAUACUAGAACAUGGAAUGCAAUUUAUCAUCAUGGUUUCAUGGCAAAUCCAUUCGAUGGAUUAGUGGAAAAAACUUUUGCAAAUACGAGAAUUUAUGUUGUACUGGGUCAUUACUAUGAGCAUGUUGGUUUAAUGGUAUCACUAUAUAACAAGGGUCUCCUAAACAAGGGUGAUUAUUUUGUGGUGGGCAUUGAUAUCGAACAGUAUGAUGCUUCUAAGCCAGACAAGUAUAUGCGUGGUCUGCUAAUGGAUAAAAGCGAUGAACGAGCGGAAAAAGCAUUUCAAUCAUAUUUGGGCAUAUUUCCAACAGCACCCCUGACUUUUGGCGAAUUUGCAAAGGAGGUAAACAAAUACAUGGAACAACCACCUUUUAAUUUUCCAAAUCCUUUGGGCUAUUUUGGAGGAUCCAAACAAAUUAGUGCUGAAGCAGCUUAUUUAUAUGAUGCGGUACACUUAUAUACAAACGCUUUAACAAGGGUUUUACAACAUAAUGGAAAUCCAAGGAAUGGUACAGCGAUUGUUGAGGCUAUAAAAGGAUCGAAAUACCGUAGCGCCAUGGGUUAUCAUGUCUAUAUAGAUGAAAAUGGCGAUGCAGCCGGAAAUUAUACAGUAUUAGCGCGUGGUUUUGCACGCAAUCAUAGAAAUAAAACAGUUCCUGGUCUAAUUCCAGUGGGCACAUUCAGUCAGACUUACAGUGAUAAAAUGCCUGAUCUCAAUUUAUAUGGCAAAAUAGAAUGGGUGGGCGCAGGACGCCCCGCCGCAGAACCCAAGUGUGGGUUUGCUGGAGAAAAAUGUAUCAAUUAUACAGGUGAAAUAUCUGCUGGCAUUGCUGGGGGUGCUCUAUUAUUAUUGGGCAUUGUCUCGUUGGUAUUAUAUCGCAACUGGCGCUAUGAACAAGAAUUGGAUAGCUUGUUAUGGAAAAUUGACUUUCGGGAAGUUCAAAUGCAUGAAAAUGAAAAAGAAUCAAAUGCUCAAAAACAAACAAGGUCAACACAUCCUUUAAUACGAACAAGUCAAGUCAGUUUGAGUUCCAAUCCAGAUGCAGAUUUUCGUUAUACGACCAUAUUUACACCAAUUGGUCUAUACAAAGGUCAAUUGUAUGCCAUUAAAAAAGUCCGUAAGAAAUGUGUGGACAUUACGAGAGAAAUGAAAAAGGAACUGAAAUUGUUGAGAGAUGCUCGCCACGAUAAUAUCUGUGCUUUUAUAGGAGCUUGUACAGAUCCACCAAAUAUUUGUAUUAUCACCGAAUAUUGCACAAGGGGAAGUUUAAAGGACAUUUUGGAAAAUGAGGACGUCAAGCUGGACAACAUGUUUAUUGCUUCAAUGGUGGCCGACAUAAUACGAGGUGUCAUUUAUUUACAUGAAUCGCCAAUACGUUUUCAUGGUUCUUUGUGUACAUCGAAUUGCUUGAUUGACUCACGCUGGGUUGUUAAGUUAACAGAUUUUGGUCUUUUUGCCUUUAAAAAAGGUAUAGAAGACAAUUCCACCGACAUACAAUCUAUGACAGCCAAAUGCACAAAACUUCUUUAUCGUGCUCCUGAGUUGCUACGACAAGGUCCGGCGUCUUUAGUGAUGGGAUCUCAGAAAGGUGAUGCUUACUCUUUUGGCAUUGUGUUAUACGAAAUUCAUACAAGGCAUGGCCCGUUUGGUGAAACCGGACUAUCGGCGAUGCAAUGUUUACAAAAAGUUUUACAAGUUCAGGACACAUUAUAUGCAUAUCGCCCAUCUUUGCAACCAUUAGAAACAUCUUUCGAUUGUGUACGAGAAAUUUUAAAAGAAUGUUGGUGUGAAAAGCCUGAAGAAAGGCCAGACUUUAAGACUAUACGUGCAAAGUUAAGACCUUUGCGAAAGGGCAUGAAGCCAAAUAUAUUCGAUAAUAUGAUGGCAAUGAUGGAAAAAUACGCCAAUAACUUGGAGGCUUUAGUAGAUGAGAGGACUGAUCAGUUGCAGGAAGAAAAAAAGAAAACGGAUGCUUUGCUACUAGAAAUGCUUCCACGUCCCGUGGCAGAACAAUUGAAAAAAGGUCACAAGGUAGAUCCAGAAAGUUAUGAACAAGUUUCUAUUUAUUUCAGUGAUAUAGUGGGUUUUACUGCCAUGUCCGCCGAGAGCACUCCAUUACAAGUGGUUGAUUUUUUAAACGAUUUAUACACAUGUUUCGAUUCCAUUAUCGGUCAUUAUGACGUCUAUAAAGUUGAGACAAUAGGUGACGCCUAUAUGGUGGUUUCUGGAUUGCCAAUACGUAAUGGGGAUUUACAUGCUGCCGAAAUAGCCUCUAUGUCUUUACAUCUACUUAAUGCGGUUUCGGAAUUUAAAAUCCGACAUCGUCCUCAUAAUGAAUUGCUAUUGCGAAUAGGUAUCCAUUCGGGACCUGUAUGUGCGGGUGUUGUUGGACUUAAAAUGCCUCGCUACUGUCUCUUCGGAGACACGGUUAAUACAGCAUCCCGUAUGGAAUCUUCGGGGGUACCAUUGAAGAUACAUUGCAGUUGGCAAUGCAAAGACUUGCUUGAAAAAUUGGGCGGCUACCACUAUCAAGAACGAGGUAUUAUUAAUAUGAAAGGCAAAGGUGAACAACGAACAUAUUGGUUGUUGGGAGAAGACGAAGAGGCUAAAGCAAAGCGAACCUAUGAACGUUCCCAGAGAAGAGGCUCACGCGCCUUGAAUAAAUUCAUACAGGGAACUAUAAAACAACAGCAACAUCAAAAUCAGUUAUCGGCUGCAAAUGAUUUGGGCAUACGGUCGUCAUUGAAAAACAAAAAUAUGCCUAGAAAUUCAUUAACACGCUCGUCUAGUUUGGAGUCGCCCAAAAAAUUAAGAUUUGCCACUGGCCCUCUAUUAGAGCACCAUCGUUAUCACAGUGACGAGGCUCUUUUAGAAGUAGUUACCGAUUCUUAUGCCGGUUUAAGACGUUCUUCCGGCACUUCUUGUCAUUCACGUUAUGAAGAGUCAACAUUAUCUUGCCAAAGCUGUGAGGAUUUAAGUAAUUUCCAACGUCAGAGACGUCCGUUUUCUUUUCCUUCUGCCAAUACGCCUCUCUUGCUCAAUCACAAGGAUACCUAGUUGUUUUUAGAUUUGAAGAUUUUUAAUACGAGAAUUUAAAAGAAUAGAACAAUAAUGAAUAAGUAAAUAUAAGUAUUUACACGAUAUAACUAAUACACAUAUUAAAAGAGAUACUUAAUAGUUAUAAGUACAUGAACAAAAUAUUAACCAUAUGCAUUGUGGAUAUUUCAUAACAAAAAAUUGCCUGUGGUUAAUAUUUAAAAUUUUAAUAAUUGAUAAAAGGGGAAAAAACUACGAAAUUUUUAAACAAAAUAUAACCAAGCCCAUAGCAUAAAUACAUUUAUAAUAUACUUAUAGAGAAAUCGAUCUAGUCCGUUUAUUUUUUAAGUAGUUUAAUUUUGUAGCAGUGUGUACUUAUUUAUUUUAUUUUGCAACCAAAAAGGACAAAUAAUGUAAUUAUUUAUGUCAAUAAAAAAAGAUGAGUAUUUAAAUUUAAUAAAUAAAUUUUUGGUAACAA